CUGGGUGCUGAAUGAAUGGAAGCCGCGGGGCGGGCCUGCGCGCACGAUGCCGUCUCCCGGAGGCCUGUAAAGGCCCUCGCCAGCCGCGCGCCCUCCUCCCGCCCCGGACUCCGGCUGCCGCCGCUACCGCGCCCCACGCGGAGGCCGCGGCUGCAACCGGGAAGGUCGGAGGGAGGGUGGUUUCCUCCCGCCCCACACCCAGUCUCCGAGCCGGAUAUACAGAGUGUCACGUUUGGGAGCCCAACGAGGAGAGCGCUCUCCCUGCGGCGGGAGUACCUGCCGGGGCCUCGGGGAAGGACUGGGAUUUACAGGACCACUAGUUGAACCCCACCGCGUCGGAGGAGCAGGAACCUCUUUCCGGAGCUAUAAAAGACAAAGAGAAGAAUCAUGUCCAUGAUUGCAGCUUUCUAUGGUGGCAAGUCCAUUCUCAUCACUGGGGCCACAGGCUUCAUGGGCAAAGUGUUAAUGGAGAAGCUGUUUCGCACCAGCCCAGACCUGAAAGUCGUUUACAUCCUUGUGAGGACCAAGGCUGGCCAGACUACGCAGCAGAGGGUUUUCCAGAUCCUAAAUAGUAAGCUGUUUGAAAAGGUCAAAGAAGUCUGUCCAAAUGUGCAUGAGAAGAUCAGAGCGAUCUACGCAGAUCUCAAUCAGAAUGACUUCGCCAUCAGCAAGGAGGACAUGCAGGAGCUUCUCUCCUGCACGAACAUUAUCUUCCACUGUGCGGCCACUGUGCGCUUUGAUGAUCCUCUGAGGCAUGCCGUGCAACUUAAUGUCACUGCCACCCAGCAGCUCUUGCUUAUGGCCAGUCAGAUGCCAAAGCUUGAAGCCUUCAUACAUAUCUCUACGGCCUUUUCAAAUUGUAACCUGAAGCACAUCGAUGAAGUCAUCUAUCCAUGCCCUGUGGAGCCAAAAAAAAUCAUCGACUCCAUGGAGUGGUUAGACGAUGCUAUUAUUGAUGAGAUCACACCCAAGCUGAUUGGGGAUCGGCCCAAUACUUACACAUACACCAAGGCCUUGGGAGAAAUGGUGGUGCAACAAGAGAGUGGGAACCUAAACAUUGCCAUCAUAAGGCCCUCCAUUGUGGGAGCAACCUGGCAGGAGCCUUUCCCGGGUUGGGUUGAUAACUUAAAUGGACCUAGUGGACUCAUUAUUGCGGCCGGGAAAGGGUUUCUCCGGUCCAUAAGAGCUACUCCGAUGGCAGUGGCAGAUUUAAUUCCAGUUGAUACAGUUGUCAAUCUCACCUUGGCUGUAGGAUGGUACACAGCAGUUCACAGACCUAAGUCAACAUUAAUCUACCAUUGUACAUCUGGUAACUUCAAUCCUUGUAACUGGGGCAAAAUGGGAUUCCAAGUCUUGGCAACCUUUGAAAAAGUCCCAUUUGAGAGAGCUUUUCGGAGGCCGAAUGCGGACUUCACAUCCAGUACCAUCACAAGCCAGUACUGGAAUGCAGUCAGCCACCGAGCCCCUGCCAUCAUCUACGACUUCUAUCUACGGCUCACAGGAAGGAAGCCCAGGAUGACAAAGCUCAUGAAUCGGCUGCUAAGAACAGUGUCCAUGCUGGAGUAUUUUGUCAACCGGAGUUGGGAAUGGAGCACAUACAAUACGGAAAUGCUGAUGUCUGAGCUGAGUCCUGAAGACCAGAGAGUAUUCAACUUUGAUGUGCGCCAGUUGAACUGGUUGGAAUACAUUGAAAAUUAUGUUUUAGGAGUUAAGAAGUACUUACUGAAAGAGGAUAUGGCUGGGAUCCCAGAAGCAAAACAACAUUUGAGAAGGCUCCGAAAUAUUCACUACCUCUUUAAUACUGCCCUCUUCCUCAUUGCCUGGCGCCUUCUCAUCGCACGAUCUCAGAUGGCUCGGAAUGUCUGGUUCUUCAUUGUGAGCUUCUGUUAUAAAUUCCUCUCCUACUUUAGGGCAUCCAGCACACUUAAGGUCUAAGAACAUUCAGCAAUCUCCUUUUAUCUGGAAUCUCCUGGAUACCUCCAAAACAGCAAACUGUGGUUCUUAAGAUUAGGAAGUAACAAAGAAUAUGCCCAAGCUCAUUAACUGUCAAACAUCUUGUCAUGUAUUCAUCCCUAUUUCUUCCCUAUGUAUUGUUUUUAUUUAAGUGAGAAAAGGAAAGUCAUAUCUUAGCCUACAAUCAUACAUAUCUUAGGAAAAUUUGUUUCCAGAUUGCCUCCUAACACUCUAUGCCCUUGAACAUAAAACACCAAAGUACAUCUGUCUGUUGAUAUUUAGGUUUUUUUUUUUUUCUUGAGAGGACUAAUUUUGACUAAAUGAACAUGGAAUAACAUACGACGGAAGCUGAAAUAUGCUAAAGAAAGGCAGUUUUAACCUUGGAACCAUUCCAGGGGUACCCAGUAGAAAAGUUUAGAAUCAAGAUUAAGGGACACCUGGGUGGCUCAGUUGGUUAAGUGUCUGACUCUUGAUUUUGGCUCAGGUCAUGAUGUCAUGGUUUGUGGGCUCGAGCCCCAUACUGUGCUCCGCACACACACACACGCGUGUGUGUGCUCUCUUUCACAAAAAUUAACAUUAAAAAAGAUCAAGUAGAAGAAGAAUGAUCUCUGCAUCCUCAGAUAUACCAUAAAAGAAAUAAUCCUCCACUGAAAUCUCAGCCUUUUUUUGUGUGUUAUACCAUGGAGACCUGAGUGAAGGCUGAGAGAAUUAGAAAAGUGGGCUCACAUUUAGCAUUUCCCUCAACUAUACUUCUGAAAUCUAAAAAACAAAAAAUAAAACAAGAGGUUUAAGUAAUUAUGUACAGAGUGAGGGCUCCAGUGUAUUUGCACUAGGACUUACUAUGCUUGUAAGUAAAAAUUAGUUCUUAUAAUUUCAAUCUGACAACUAUUCUUUCUAAAUCUUUUCAAUUACCCAUUUUCCUGAUGACCUUCUCUCAAGAGUUUCCUUCUCUUUUAUUGAAGUCACCAAACCCCUUAUAUUUAAGCUUAUGUUGCUCAGGCCUCAGUGACUAAUGGGAGGAAGGUACUAGGCUAGAAUCCUAAAAAACCAGUCCCUGGACCUUUGCCAAUGAGAAAGCAAAAUUCCAAAUACAAGUGUAAAUGCUAGUUUUAGUUUUUUGUAUAGUGGGAAAAUUACUCCUCUGUGAUCAUCAGGACUUACUAGUAUCUUGAUCAUCCCAAGUGGACAACGUUAAGUGUACAAUGUACAGCAGAAGAGGACAGACUUCACGAAGUGACUUUAAGUUCAGAGAAUAGGCGUUGUUUUGUUUAAAAAUGUUUUAUGUAUACUAUCAAUGAAUUAAUAGUUUUUGUUCCCAAAUUCCUAUAUUAAUAAUAUAGCUGUUAUCCUUUCAUCGUAUUUGAGGUAUCAGUGCAUGCUGGAUUGCAGCAUUUCAUGUUAAAAACAUGAAAUAUUAUUAUAUAGUAUUUGGGGCCUGAGCAAUUAAAAAUAAUCAUAACUACUGGCAAAUGACACAAGCAUAAAACGGUAACGAUGGCAGUUACUUAUAUUUAUGCUCUCUGGAAUGAUAUGUAAUACUCAGCACAUUCACGUAGUUAAGUGCACAGGGCUUGAAGGCAGCUUCUAGCCUGCUAUUACUUGAGAUUUUUCUCAACACCAUAAAGGGCAUUUGGGGGGAACUGUUCUGGGCAAUGUCUUUUCCAAUCUCAUCUAAGGUCUGGGAACUUCUUUUCAGGGCAUACAACCCAGCUCUGAAACAAAGCACUUGGUGAUUUUUAGUUUGAGAUGUCUAUAUGAUACUUCUGAGUUACAUUGAUUAAGAUACAAACUAUAGAUAUAAUAAAAAUGAAAUCAAGAUAUAAAUUCAAUGAGGUUGGAUAAAACAUAAUUAUUCUAAGAAUUUACUACCUUUUGAUUUUUGUUUCCACUAAUUCCAUAAAUUCCACUAAUCCAGUAUUCAUUUUGAUUUUUGAUUAAAUGAAAGUUUGAAUUAAAAAUGUUUUCCUCUUCUAGUGUUGUAUCUUUAACUGCUGACUACUACAGAUCUCCUCCCUCCCCUGAGAAAAAGAUAUAAUCUUCCAAAGAAGAUUACCAGAUGAAUAUAAAUUAACACAUAGAUACAUAAUGCUUCACUUUUUUCUGACACCAUUAAUAAGGUUACAUUUACAUGCUGGAAGCAUCUUUUAUCUGUGGCAUUAAAGAAAUCACAUGAUGUCUAAGUCAAAAUAGGUAUCUGUAUGAAAGAAAAUCCCUAAUUAUUUUAUAUCAAGACCAACUGACAAUUAUUUGAAUGUCUAAUACAUACAAUGCAAUGAGAAAGAGCCUUCUACUUUUGGGGAGAAGGGGACGGAUAGUAACUACAAAGGAGAGGCAUCUACAUUAAAAAAGAAGUUUUGGUAAUUCCUGUAUUCUGUAGCCACAACAUACCUGAUACAGUAAUGAAUAUUUCAGAGUUUAAGACAGUCCCCACCUAAAGAAAUUAAUACUGAAAAAGCCUGAAGCAGAUGGACAUACAACUCCAAAAAACAUUUCUUACAAUUUUACACUAACUCGACACCAUCAUCUCCAGUCAACAUCUCAUUCAAAUAGCUGAUUUAGAAUCUGAGAGUAAACAGACCGAUCUGAGAAGGGACUAAUCCCCAAAUAGUGUGUUCUGUUAUCUCACAAUGAAUGUAACAAAGUAGGUCAGCCUAAAGUUUCCAAAAACAUCAGUAAUUUUCAAAGCUCACAAAAAUUACAUGUAAAUUCCCACAUGUCUAUUUUUCUAGAAGUAUGAAUCUAACAAUUAUGUUCUGGAAACAUGGACAACUAUCUGUAGUAAAAAGGAAUGGUUGUCCCAUAUGCUCACAUAGAGAGGUAAGGAAAAAUGCUCACUGCUUACUUUGUAAAAACAUAUUUUUUUAAUUUACCCAAAAUAAAACUAGAAAUUGCUGAUUUUCCGAUGUAACUGGCUUGAGAGGCAGUAGUGAAGAUACAGUUACGGCAAAGGACACUUAAUUGAAAUUGAGUUUUAACAGCUAGAAACAGUUCUGAUACACAAGUAAAAAGUUUAGGUGUGGCCUUACUUUACUUGAAAUACUGAUCCUAAUCUGGAACUGUGACUAAGUAGGGAAACAUGAGGCUGAUCAACUGUGUCAAUUUUACUCUAAAGAAACUAAAGAUAAGUCUAGUAUAUCUAGUAUAAGAAAUCAUCAAAUUGAUUUGCAUAACUGCUUGAAAACAGAAAUGAACUUACAAAGUAUCUUUUAGUUACAUCAAGUGUUGCUGAAGGUCUGCUUCAGUACACGUUGCUUUCAUCAAGCUAUACUUUCCCCCACACCUACUCAGUUUUACCUUAAAAUUAUUACACAAAAUCGCAUACAUGAGUUAUGAUAUUUGGAAGAGUUGUCCAUCUAUUUCCUUCUGAUAAACAUCCAAUACAAUUUGGAGUUGCUAAGACAAAACUUUUUAAAUAUCUCACCGAUUAUUGUCAACUUUGUUGACAGUUUUAUAGACUUGAGUGAACUGCUCAAUUUGCAUCACUCAUUCACUUUUUAGUAUGAAAAUACAAAAGAAGCUCAAUCUCAUACAGUAAUUUAGCUCCAUCUGGAGCAAAAGCAAAUGUAACAGACUGAUAUCUAGGAUUGCCACAGUCUUCCUAUGAGGAAAAAGGAGCUUAAAUAUGAAAAACUGAGGCUUAUUUGGGGAUACAUGAUUGUAAAAGGACAAAGAAAUUGUUUUAUGUUUGUCAUUUUAGUUAGAGUCCGCACGUUCAGGAUUGAUACACUAAAUGAGUCGUGUGUGUUUUUUUCUCUUAAAACAACACCAAAAAAACCCACAAGAAAACCAAAAAAUCUAAGGCAGUUUCCUAAACUUAAGAUAAUGCAAGGUGAUUUCAUCACUAAAAAAUUAUUUCAAAAGGGUGGGGGGGACAAUAAGGAAAUACUUGGAUAUUAAUCCUGGCAUCAUACCAUAAGGUAGUGAACAAAUGGUGAUCUAAUUUGGAUAGUGCUGACUAUCUACUUUGUCUUGCAGAAGGUUUGCAAUGGAGCUCCAAGCACACGGGGAGGGACUUAAGUACUAGACUAAAGGGCAUGAUGAAAGUUUAAAGGUCCUCCGGCUCAGCCUUAAUUUUUAUUAAACAAUCAAAAAUACGCAUCUUGAAUUCAAGUUCAAGAUUCAAAGUUCUAAAUUUUGAAACAGGUUGCAUACAAAUUUACUUUCUGGUACUCAAAUUACUAACCCAGGACAUAAAAAGACAGGAUGCAUAAUACAGCCCUACUUCUACCAUUAAAAAAUUAGAUCUUAGUCAUUCCUUUAAGAAUUCCAGUCCAGUUUGUAUUAAAAAUUGCAAACUUUGCUUGCAUUAGUAAAUUUACUGUGAAAAUUCAGUACUUUCAUAAAAUGUGAGAGAAAUGUGAUGUUAAUCAUCUAAAUUGAGAAUCAGAAGUAAGUUUGUAAUUCUAAGAUUGAGUUAAACUUUUCCCAAGAGGUAGUCUGUACUGUAUAAAUACUGCAGCAGAGAAUUAUUCACCUAGAUGUUUCUUUUUACAGGCCAAUGUAUACAAAACACAGUUUUUAAAAAACCUAUUUCGUAUAAAUUGAAGCCUCAAUGUUUAAAAUAUUCAGCCUGGAAUAUAUACAAAUAUUAUGAAUACCUUAAUAAAAUGAAAAAGGAGAGCUGAAUAAUAAAGUUGGGUACCCUAUUGAAGACGCCCUCCCCAGGCACAAGCCAAAGCUCCAGAAUAAGUAGGUCAGUACAGUGUUCUCUGCAAUGGAAAAGAGACAUGUGGUGAGGUCAGAAACCCCUAGCAAAUCCUAAUGUGAAGGUAGACUUCAUCAUUCCUCAUCCAAGAGGCUCGUCAGAAUCUUACUACUUUGACUGCCAAAAAUCUGAAUGUAACUAUUUGAGGAGUCUCAUGUAGAAACCUUUCUUAACUAGUAAAGUAUAAAUCAACGGCAAAGCAGAAUUUUGCUUUAAAGAAAUUCCUUUUAUAAGUCAGCUUUAAUGGGACAGAUUAAUUACAUUAAAAUUUUAAUAUGGUAUUUAGAAAACAUGGGAACAAUUAAAAAUCAUAUGUAAGUACCAAAAUAAUUUUAAAAUCCCUUUUAAAGACACUUAACUGUUAAAAUCCUAGCUGAAAGAAAAGUUUUAAAUCAAUUAUUUUACCUUAAAAAAAAAAAAACAACUCUGAAACUUGAAUGAACUGUCUGGAAAGCAGAUUCACAGAACCAAAAUUCAGUCUCAAAUAGCUAAAAUUCUAAGUAAAAUUCCGUUUUAGAAAUGUUCUAUUAGUUUCUACUCUUAACUUUCUAGAAAUAGUAUCUGAAAAAAAAAAAAUCAAUAACAGAGAAGUCUCAUUCAUUAUUUGGAAUUUUCUGGAAUAAAAAAAUCCUUCAGAGCAUGUUAUGUCACCUAUGUUCAUCAGUUAACUUAAUGGCUCUUAAUGACCAACUGUAUAUUUUAAGUAAUAAUGCUUCUGUUAUUCUCCACAGAAUACCAUUCAACAUAAGCUCUACUUCAAAGCAGUUUUAUCAGUAUUUCUCCUCUCCAUUAUGUCACAACUAUUUUCAAGAAAACAUUUUUUUACCUUUAAAAAAAAUCCAUUUGUGAAACUAUAAUUUGUGACAUACCGUUUUCUAAAAACCACCAUUUUAAAUCUAGUCCUUUAGACUCGCCCUUGUUACUUACCUGGAAUUUUAUUUUCCCAUUUCUCUAAAUGCUUUAAACCAUGGGGACUGCUAGUUGAUUCUUCUACUAUCAUUAAGUAUUACAAAAGGAAAAUGAUGUUGGCACACCUAUUCCAAAUAUAGUUUUUAAUGGCACCUGAGUGUAUCUCCCUCUCAUUAUUUUUAUCUUUUAUAGUCUGGAAAUUUAAAUUCAAUCCUUAAAUACUGAGAAAGCUAGAACAACACAAAACAAAAUAACAAAAUCAAUCCCAUUCAGGACAGUCUGAAUGCAAACACUCAUAAUCCAGUUUUACAGCUUAAUGGACAUUGUCUAAUGAUAACCUUACAGAUCUGACAUUAUCUUAAAUAUUUGCCUCGUGUUUCUACUUUAAGUUACCCUGUUGUCCCUCACCCAAACAUGUAUAAAAUAUUCUACUUUUCCUUUUAAUACUUUAUAAGCUGAUAAUUUUCAUCAUCAGUAGUGGGCCUUGUUAUUACUCACCUCCCACUUCCAAAGUGUAUAGAAGGAUCAGAUUAGAAAACGUAGCAUCUUUUUU